CAGCCAGACAGCCUCCGCGCGCUGCUCCAUGCGCUGACGGAGGCGCAUGCCGAGUCGGUCGCUCGGCAUGCAGCGGCGCUGGCCGCCGAGACCGACGGGCAGGAGGACGGCGCCAUUAGCGGCGUGACGGCGCGUCUGCAGGCGCUGCGGCUGCACACGUCCGUGCACGACAUAUACCCGGCGGACGAGCAGGCGCCCGUCCCGGUCGCGCGGCUCCCGGACGAGGUGUGGCUCGCGAUCCUGCUGCGCGUCGUCGCGCCUGCGCCUGCGCCGCUCCUCGUGCCGGCCGUGCGCGAGUUCCAGACCUUUGUGCCCGAGCCGGGCGAGCCGUGGCGCGCGUACACGGGCGCCGACUAUGAGGCGCUCGAGCGGCUGGGGCGCGUGUGCUGGCGCCUUCGCUGGCUGUCGGCGCACCCACAGGUGUGGAAGGCCGUGGCCGAGGCUACGUACGAGGCGCCGCUGGCGCGCAUGCCAUGCAGCUGGCGCGAUGCGUUUGUGCACGAGCCGCGUGUGCGCCUGAACGGCACGUACAUUGCGACGUGCGAGUACACGCAGCAGGGCCUGUCCGUCGAGAACGUGUGGGUGCGCGUGCUGCACAAGGUCGCGUUCUUCCGGUACCUGCGCUUCUUUCCGAACGGGCGGUGCCUCAGCUGGCUCACGACCGAGGCGCCCUCCGAUGCGGUGCGGCAGCUGGUGCCCGGCCUGCGCACGAAGGGGUGUGCGGCCGGGCGCUGGCACAUGCUCGUCGACGACGGCGCGCCGCCCGCGCGCCGCGGCGCGACCGUCGUGAUCGACGACCUGCGCGACCCGCACCUGCGCGGCUAUACGUUCCAGAUGACGCUGCACCUGCGCCCGGCGCCCGGGCGCUGGCACCGCCUCGACAUGCUCGCGUACUCGUCGCUCAAUCUGCAGACGGCCGAGGUCGUGCCGAUUCCCCACAAGCAUGCACGCCCGUUUGUGUUUUCGCGCGUCGUCGGCUAUGGCAUCUAA